AUGAAACAAAGAGUCAGUGCAUUAGAUCUAGAGAUUUUGGCAAGAGAAUUGAAGCAUGAUCUCGAGGGAUUACGACUUUCGAACAUUUAUAGCAUUUCAGACUCAAAUCGUCAAUUUUUGUUGAAAUUUAAUAAGCCCGAUUGCAAGCGUACAGUUGUCGUUGAUUGUGGUUUACGUGUUCACUUGACUGAGUAUGAUUGGCCCAUUCCACCUUCACCCUCUGGGUUCAUUAUUAAAUUGCGGAAACAUUUGAAAUCGAAAAGAUUGACAACCGUGAAGAAAGUUGAUAACGAUAGAAUCCUGGUUCUCAGCUUCAGUGAUGGUAUGUUUUAUUUGGUUCUAGAGUUCUUUAGCGCUGGCAAUGUCAUUUUGCUGGACUCUACCAGAAAAAUCGUGGCUAUCCAGAGAAUUGUGCAUGAGCACGAGAAUAAAGUUGGUCAGAUGUAUGAGAUGUUUGAUGAUUCUUUCCUAGCGGACGUCUCCAUAGCGAAACCCAAGAAUGGGCAAUUCUCCGAAUGGGAGAUUUCCGAGUGGAUUAAAGCCGAGGCUGACAAUACUGCUUUGAGAGAGAAACAAGCUUCAACGCAACCAACAAAGAAAAGGGCACAAGUUCUCUCUGUCAACAAACUUCUCUACAUACACGCGCCUCGCAUUUCUUCGGACUUGAUUUCGAAGAAUCUGAAAAAACUAGGCGUGAACCCGUCUGAGUCGUGCUUGGAGUUUCAAUCUAGAACUAAAAUGCUUUCAGAUAUGCUGAACUCAAGUGAGGAAGAGGUACAAGACCUUUUGGACUUCAAGUCCCAGAAGGGUUUCAUCGUCACUAAAAGGAACUUAAACUAUGAUUCUCAACGUGACUCUCCCGAAACAGAGUUUGUCAUGGAGCAAUUCCAUCCAUUUGAACCACUAGCGGAAGAAAAUGAAAACCGGGAGUCCCGACUAAUCCUAGUCGAGGGAAACUAUAAUAAAACUGUUGACACCUUUUUCUCUACCAUUGAAUCGUCUAAGCAUGCUUUAAGGCUUCAAAAUCAAAAGCAACAGGCUGAAAAUCGUUUGCACAGUGCUAGGAGAGAUAACUAUGCUAGAGUUCAAGCAUUGAUAAAUGCACAGGAAGUUAACGAUAUGAAGGGACAUUUGAUUAUUGCCAAUUCCAAUUUAGUAGAAGAGGCACAAGCGGCGGUAAAGAGUCUUGUAGAUCAACAAAUGGACUGGCAAACCAUAGAAAAACUAAUUGCAAGCGAGCAAGCCAGAAAAAACAAAGUCGCCCUACUAAUAGUUUUGCCUCUCAAUUUGAAGGAGAAUAAAAUCUCACUACGACUACCAACUUUUGACGGCGCAAAUGAGGAGUCGAGUGAUGAUGAAAGCUCCUCUGAUUCUGAGGAUGACGAUGCGGUGGGAAAUUUUUCCAAAAUUGGUCAAAAAUUAAAUGGUUCUACGAUUGUUGUAGAAGUCGAACUGGGUCUUUCACCCUAUGCUAAUGCAUCCAAUUAUUUCAGCGCCAAGAAACAGAACUUAGAGAAGCAGAAGAAAGUCGAGCAAAAUGCCGCGAGAGCUUUCAAAAAUAUUGAGCAGAAAGUUUCAAAGGAUUUAAGCAAAAAGCUCAAGGAGUCUCAAGACUCCUUGAGAAAGCAACGCAAUCCAUAUUUUUUUGAAAAAUACCACUGGUUUAUAUCCAGUGAGAGAUUUUUGGUUUUGAUGGGAAGAAGCCCUAUGGAAGCCGAUCAAAUAUACAGCAAAUACAUCGAAGACGAUGAUAUUCAUAUUACGAACAGUUUGGGUACUCAUGUUUGGAUAAAAAACCCUGAAAAAACGGAAGUUCCGCCCAAUACGCUAAUGCAAGCGGGAAUAAUGUGCAUGUCUUCGUCAGAAGCAUGGUCCAAAAAAUUUCAGUCUUCAGCUUACUGGACCUUCGCCAGGAACUUAUCGAAGUUUGACGGUGGUGAACUUCUGCCAUCAGGUUUGUUUAGGGUCAAAGACGAGAAAAAGAAGAAUGCUCUCCCCCCAUCUCAGCUGGUGUUAGGGUUUGCCUUCAUGUGGAAAACAAAGAAGCAGGGCGACGAAGAAUCAGAGAUCGAAGAUGAAAUUGAAGCAGAAGUAGAUGAAACCGACGACGAGAUUUCUGAGCAGAACAAAGGAGCCAAUGAAGUGGAAGAGAAGAUUGAGGAAAGUUCUGUUGAAGAUGAACCCACCCCGGAAAACGAGUCUUUGAAAAACGGCUCAGCCCAAUUGCGAAAAGAGGAAAGCUCUGAUUCAGAGCUUGAAGAAAAGCCAAAUGAAGAAUUUGCUGAUGAAAAAUCUUCUUCGCCUGCUCGAUCGGCAUCACUGACCGUUGAAGGUAAAGCCGUGCGCGGUAAGAAAGGUAAGCUCAAGAAAAUGCAAAAGAAGUAUUCUGAUCAGGAUGCAGAAGAACGCAGAAACCGGUUGGAGGUUCUAGGGACGCUAAAGGGUAUUGAAAGACAAAAACAAAAGGAAGAGGAAGAAGCUCAAAGAAAAGAGGCGCUAAUGGCCCGAAAGGCUUGGCGUGAGCAUCAGAGAAAAGUGCAAUCUCAAAAAUUAAUGAAAAACGAGAAAGUGCGCGUGAAUUACGCCAAAAUUUUGGAAGAGCUUGUACCAGCUGUGCCUGUUGGUGAUGAGAUUUUGGAUAUUGUGCCAGUGUUAGCACCAUGGCCUGCUCUGGGCAAAUACAAAUACAAGAUCAAAAUCCAAGCUGGUAACGCUAAGAAAACGAAGACUGCCAACGAGAUUUUAAACUACUUUGCGGGCAGAAAGGUCGAUGAGUCAGGAACAGACAAAGACCUUGAUUGGUCACGCGAGCAUGAAUUGAUCAAGUCGAUAAGGGAUCUUGACCUGGUACCUUGUUUCUACGUGGACAAAAUGAAAACGUCCAUUGUGAGUCAAAACUCUGGGAGAAACACAGCCAAAUCAGCAAGUGCAAAGAAGGGUAAGAAGGGCAAGAAAUAA